AUGGCGUCCUCUGCUAGCCGCGAAUUCCCCUCCGUAUCUUUCACCCUUCUCCUCGUCUUGAUAAUCACCUCCACCGCAGCAGAACCCAGAUCCGCCGUCGAAGACCCAACCCCAACCCCGACGCCAUGGCCGCUCCAAUUCCACUCCGUACUCUUCAUGAACAAAAGUGGCGCACUCCAGAUGAUCGACCUCUGGUACGACUGGCCCAAUGGCCGCAACUUCAACAUCAUCAGGGACCAGCUGGGCAAGCUCACCUACGACGCCGAAUGGAACAACGGCACCUCAUUCAUGUACACCCUAGAUUCCGAUCGCGAAUGCAAAACCCUCUACCCGGGCGUCGGCAUCCUCCGACCCAAUUGGCUCGACGGCGCCAAUUACCUGGGCCAGCGCUACAUCGACGGCUUCCUCUGCAAUGUCUGGGAGAAGGUUGAUUUCAUUUGGUACUACGAAGACGUCGAGACCAAGCGCCCCGUCCACUGGGUUUUCUACACGGGGAGGCAUGCUCAUGUGAUGACAUUUGAGGUGGGAGCCGUGCUGGAAGAUGCUGGAUGGCAGGCCCCUGCUUACUGCUUCGGCGGCGAACAACAACGGGGGAAGGAGAGAAACCCUGCAGCAGGAAGAAUUGAAUCUGUGGUCGGUGUUAGGAGGUUCCUCUUCGGCUGA